AUGAACGACACACUGCGCAGAGAAAAGGCCAAACUAAAACGGUCCACAGAGCAGAAGGAUACUACCUCACCCCCUCCAGCCAAACCGGGCAGACAGACUUUAGCUGACACCGACUCAGUACUGAUAGCGGGCAGGCAUCGUCAACACAAAGGAUUUCUGACCAUAGGAAUACCCACAGUCAAGCGGGAUCAAAACGCCACGUAUCUGGUCACUACCCUAGACUCCCUCAUCAACCACACGACUGAGGCUGAACGCAAACAAAUUGUGAUAGUCGUCUUCUUAGCAGACUUCGACAAGGAUUACAACAAGAACAUUUCCUUAGAAAUCUCCCGCAGGUACCCGCAACAUCUCAACACAGGCUUCAUUCAAGUCAUCCAGGCACCGCGGUCUUUUUAUCCAACGUUCGAAGAGCUGAAACGUAAGUUCAGAGACAGCCUGGAGCGUAUACGAUGGCGGUCUAAGCAGUGCGUGGACUACGCAUUCCUGUUUCAGUACUGCCGGAACAUGUCGGAAUAUUACCUCCAACUGGAGGAUGACGUCAUUUCCGCCGAAAACUUCCUGUCGUCAAUAAAGACAUACCUGGACAGAGUCAGGCUAGACGCGUGGACGGCACUGGAGUUUUCCGAACUCGGUUUUAUAGGGAAGUUAUUCAAAUCUUCAGAUCUACAGCGACUGUCUGGCCUCUUUAAGCUUUUCUACCAGGAGCUGCCGGUGGACAUUCUGCUACACACGUUUAUAAGGAUCGUGCAGCCGACCUGGAAGAAGUUCAAACACAAGCCCUCCCUCUUCCAGCACGUCGGGCUGCAUUCAUCAUUACGGGGGAAACGCCAAGAACUGAUCGACAAGGAAUUCGUGGAUUCUAAUAACGACACAACAAAAGUACAGCAACCUUCAUAGGGUUAAGUUUAAGGAUACCCCAACUCUGUUAGAAAAACACAACAUUAUGCAACAAUAUGAAUGCUGCCCUGAGCAAGAAACUAGAUGGUACAUAUACAAGAAUGUUUGUAAACAGCGUAUAAUGUUUCUUGGAGACAACAUCUAACAAACAAACAACUCUAUGGCUCUCUCCCGCCCAUUUCAUCUGUAGUCCGACGACGUAGACUCGCCCUAGCAGGGCAUGUUGUUCGUAGUAAUGAACCAGCUAGUAGACUAGCACAGUAGCUCCCUACUGGGAGACAUAGAGUGGGACGUCCUUAUACUGCACUUUUGUCUAUGUUAGAGAGAGACUGCUAUGAGAGA